UUAUGGUUUGUUUGUGUGGUGUUCCAUUCUCUACCAAAGGAUAACCAUGAGGAGAAUGACAUGUUGACAGUUACAUUGGAAUCACAGUGAAGUUAUCAUCAUUCAGUCACAAACUUUGGUCUCUUUAGCUGACCUGCUCUGCUGCCCUCUAUGCAAAGGUGUUGACUCCCCAAAUCCCCGUUUUACCCUUGGAAGGAGAUCCUUAUGUUUAAUAACAAAGAAGAAUUUAUCUCCAAACCAAGAACUAACUAUCCAUUGCUGAAAGCAAGAAUCUCUUCCCUAAAUUGGUAAAUGACUUCAGCACCAGGAUCAGUUUUUUUUCUGAUACUUUUAUAUGCUUGCUUGAAUCCCCUAGCCAUGGCUGUAGAUGAAAACGAGUUCGUGUACAAAGGCUUCAAUGGAUCCAAUAUUAGCCUUGAAGGGGUUGCAAAAAUCCAUUCCAAUGGUCUUUUGCAGCUAACCAAUUUUUCAGAGCAUCAAAUCGGUCGUGCUUUCUACAAGCAUCCUAUAAGAUUCAAUACAUCUUCGUCCACCUUACCGCAAGCUCUUUCAUUUUCCACCCAUUUUGUGUUUGCCAUUGUUCCUGAGAAAACAAAACAGAGUUCUGAUGGAAUGGCCUUCGCCAUCUCACCAUCUAUGGAUUUCAACCAAGCCAUAGGAAACCAGUAUUUUGGGCUCCUCAAUUCUUCUAACAAUGGGAACCCUUCCAACCAUUUGUUGGCAAUUGAGCUUGAUACCCAAAUGAAUCCUGAAUUCAAUGAUAUAAACGAUAACCAUGUUGGAAUUGAUGUUAACAGCUUAUUAUCAAAUGUAUCUGCUAAUGUCACUUAUUACUCCAAUAGGGAACGGAUUAAUUGGAGCUUGGAGCUUGCAAGUGGGAGUCCAUUUCACGUUUGGAUAGAGUAUGAUGGGUUUGAGAAUGUACUCAAUGUAACACUAGCUCCUAUUAAAAGCCCCAAACCAGAUCAGUCUCUCAUGUCAACACGCAUCAACCUUUCUUCAAUUCUGUCGGAUUCAAUGUAUGUUGGUUUCUCUGCAGCAACGGGACCACUUUCAGCGAAACACUAUAUUCUUGGUUGGAGUUUCAAUAAAAGUGGGAAAGCACAAGGCCUAGAUAUUUCAGAGCUUCCUUCACUUCCUCCACUUCCUCAUCAAAGAAAACCAAGACUGAAAAAUGUUCUAGAAAUUACAGUGUCAGUGACAACAGUAUUCCUUGGGCUGACUAUCAUAAUUGCAGGGACAUUUUAUAUGUUGAGGAGGAAAAAGUAUGAAGAAAUACGUGAAGAUUGGGAAAGGGAAUAUGGCCCUCAUAGGUUUUCCUAUAAGGAUCUCUUCAAAGCAACCAGAGGUUUCAUAAACGAAGAACUUCUUGGAGCAGGAGGUUUCGGUAAGGUUUAUAGAGGAGUACUUCCGUCUUCGAAGGAACAAGUUGCAGUCAAGAAAGUCUCCCAUGACUCAAAACAAGGGAUAAAGGAGUUUGUGGCUGAAAUUGCCAGCAUGGGAAGGCUAAGGCACAGGAACUUGGUGCAGCUCCUUGGCUAUAGCCGUCGGAAAGGAGAGCUGCUCUUGGUCUAUAAUUAUAUGCCAAACGGAAGCCUUGACAAGUUCCUAUUUAGUAAUGAAAAGCCAGUCCUCGACUGGCCACAACGUUAUCGUAUCAUCAAAGGAGUAGCAUCCGCCCUUCUGUAUUUGCAUGAAGAAUGGGACCAAGUUGUUCUUCACAGAGACGUGAAGGCUAGUAAUGUUCUAUUGGAUGCUGAUCUAAACGGAAGGCUAGGAGAUUUCGGUCUUGCUAGAUUAUACAAUCAUGGAGCAAACCUCGAAACUACCAGUGUGGUGGGGACAAUUGGGUACCUUGCACCAGAGCUUUCUAGAACCGGAAAGGCGACCACAAGCACUGAUGUGUUUUCUUUCGGUGCAUUCAUACUCGAAGUAGCUUGCGGAAGGAGGCCCAUACAGCUACAACAGUCGCCUAAUGCGGUGGUUUUGGUUGAUUGGGUUUUCGAGAAAUGGAAAGAGGGAGCGAUUCUCGAGACAAGUGAUCCUAGAUUGGGAGGAGAUUAUUUGGAGGAGGAAAUGGUGUUGGUUUUGAAACUAGGCCUGGUUUGCUCAAAGUCCGAUGCAGCGACAAGACCCAGCAUGCGGCAAGUGAUGCAAUACCUUGAUGGAGAUGUCCUGUUGCCAGAGAUAAUUCAUGACUGCACAAGUAUUGGUACAUUAGGUCCUGGUAAUGAAGCUUCAUUUGAAUUUGUCACGUCAUUUCCGUCAUCCAUUGUGAAGUCUUCUGCUCUCUCCAUAUCUAGCACAGAGUCUACACUCACUAGCAGUCGGUAAAUUUGAAAGUUUCCAGUGCCUUGGACAAUGCUAGAUCAUGUUUUCUUUUUCUUUUCUUUUUUCUGGAGGAAAGGCAAGAAAUGUUAGUUUGCUAGUGGGAGUAGAAGAGUUGAACCCAAGACUAGAAUAAUUUGGAACAAGCGUGCAACCACUUGAGCUAGCUCGCAAGUUCAUAGUUUGAAUGUUUGAGACUAAAAAGAAGGAUAGCUGCUAUUGGGUGAACGAGACAUAAGUACGUCAAAUUUCGGUUACUGAUAUUUGUAUAUACAGAAGCUAGAUCAUGGUUUCUUUUUCUUUUCUUUUUUUCUGAAGGAUAGCUUCUAUAGCUUUCUUUCUGUCUUUCAGGUAUUUAGCUAUAUCAUAUUUUGAUAUACAUGUGUACAUGUCUUGACUUUGUUGCUCAUGCAGUCAUGUCUAGUUUAUUCCCUUAGAUAUCAGAAGAUCCUGAAGGAUCACAUUCCUGUCCUAUCGUUGUACUAUAAAUUGGAUUAUAGAGUUCAAUACAAUUAAGUGAUUGAUAUUGCACUUAUAAAAAAUAUUGCUCAUAAA